AUGGAAGCCUCACGCGGCCCUCCGCGGGUCAAAAACAAGGCCGCGGCGCCGGUGCAAAUAUCAGCCGAGCAGCUGCUGCGCGAAGCCACCGAUCGCCAGGAGGAAGCACUGCAGAAGCCGACCCAACGCUUCGAGGACCUUGAGGAGCUGCACGAGUACCAGGGCCGGAAGCGCAAGGAGUUCGAGUCGUACUGCCAGCGGUCCGGCUUUAAUCUCAAGAACUGGCUGCAGUAUGCGCAGUGGGAGCUCGAACAGAAAGAAUACGCCCGCUCGCGCAGCGUCUUUGAGCGCGCCCUCAACCUGCACGCCAACAAGGUUACCCUGUGGAUCCGAUACGUCGAGGCCGAGCUCAAGAGCCGCAACAUCAACUUCGCCCGCAACCUGCUCGACCGCGCCGUCACCCACCUCCCCCGCGUCGACAAGCUCUGGUACAAAUAUGUCUGGGUCGAGGAGAUGCUGGGCAACAUCCCCGGCGUGCGCCAGGUGUUUGAGCGCUGGAUGGAAUGGCAGCCCGACGAGGCCGCCUGGUCCGCCUUUAUCAAGCUGGAGCAGAGGUACGGGGAGUACGACCGCGCGCGUGAGAUUUUUACCCGCUUCACCAUGGUGCAUCCUGAACCGAGGAAUUGGAUCAAGUGGUCCAAGUUUGAGGAGGAAUACGGCACCAGCGACCGCGUGCGUGAGGUAUUCGAGCGCGCGAUCGAAGAGCUGAGCAAAUACGGGGAUGAAUUCGUCGAGGAGCGGCUAUUCAUCGCGUAUGCGCGGUACGAGGCCAAGCUGCACGAUCUGGACCGAGCCCGUGCCAUCUACAAGUUUGGCCUGGAGAAUCUGCCGCGGUCAAAGGCCAUGCUGCUGCACAAAGAGUACACCACCUUCGAGAAGCAGUACGGCGACAAGGAGGGAGUUGAGGAUGUUGUCUUGUCCAAACGCAGGAGGCACUACGAGGAUCUGGUCCGGGAGAAUCCCAAGAACUACGAUGUGUGGUUUGACUAUGCUCGUCUGGAGGAGUCGUCGGGAGACAUUGAUAGGACAAGGGAGGUUUACGAAAAGGCCAUUGCGCAGGUGCCACCAACACAAGCAAAGAGGCACUGGAGGCGAUACAUUUACCUCUGGAUCUUCUUUGCUCUGUGGGAGGAAACGGAAGCCAAGAACCCAGAGCGUGCGCGUCAGGUCUACGACACGUGUCUAAAGCUCAUCCCCCACCGCACCUUUACCUUUGCCAAGGUCUGGAUGCACAAGGCACACUUUGAGAUCCGGCAAGGCGAUCUAGCGGCGGCGAGGAAAACUCUUGGGCGCGCCAUUGGCAUGUGUCCCAAAGACCGAUUAUUCAAGGGCUACAUCGAGAUGGAGCAAAAGCUGUACGAGUUUGGAAGGUGCAGGAUAUUGUACGAGAAGCACAUCGCCUACAACCCGGCGAACUGCAGCACGUGGGUCAAGUGGGCAGAGCUCGAGCGUGGCCUCGACGACCUGGACCGCGCCCGCGCCAUCCUCGACAUGGGCAUCGCGCAGCCGGUACUCGACAUGCCAGAGGUGGUGUGGAAGUCGUACAUCGACUUUGAGGAGGAGGAGGGCGAGUACGAGAAGACGCGAUCUUUGUACGAGCGCCUGCUCGAGAAGGCCGACCACCCCAAGGUCUGGAUCAGCUACGCCCAGUUCGAGAUCAACAUACCCGAGGAGACGGACGAGGCGGCCGCAGCAGACGACGAGCAGGAGCAGCCCGUCAGCGACGAGGCCAAGGCCCGCGCCAGGCGCAUCUUUGAGCGCGCCCACCAGGGCUUCAAGGACAAUGAGAUGAAGGCCGAGCGCGUCAGCAUACUCAACGCGUGGCUGGUGUUUGAGAAGACGCACGGGAGCGCCGAGGACAUUGAAAAGAUCGAGAAGCAGAUGCCGAGGAGGACAAAGAAGAAGAGAAAGCUGGACGACGACACGUGGGAGGAGUACGUCGACUACAUCUUCCCGGCGGACGAGCAGAUCGGCAAGAACCUCAUGAACAUGAUGGCCAAGGCGCGGGCGCGGAAGCAGGCAGAGGCCGAGGCCGCGGCAAAGGCAGCUGCGGAAGCAGCUGCAGAAGCAUCUGCGGCUGCGGCAAAGGAUGGUCAGGAAGCUGGGGAAUGA